AUGACUUCUUCAGCACUAGAGUCGUCUCCUCUCGAGACGGGCGCUGAUGCUGCCCUUGCGCGUCGCGUGGUGAAGAAAAUUGAUCGAGUCAUUAUACCUCUGCUGUUUGUUACUUACAUGCUCAACUUUAUGGACAAAGUUAUUUUGUCGAGCGCUGCUGUGUUUGGAUUGCGCGAAGAUACUCAUCUUGUAGGACAGCAAUACAGCUGGGUGAGCAGCAUCUUCUACUUUGGUUAUCUCAUAUGGGAGUAUCCAACCACGCUGCUUAUCGCCCGUCUACCGACUGCCAAGUAUCUCACCUUCAACACUCUUGUGUGGGGUGCUGUCGUGGCGCUGACGGCGGCAUGUACCAACUUUGGGGGCCUCAUGGCCGUGAGAUUCCUGUUGGGAAUGGCAGAAGCAACCAUCACGCCGGCUUUUAUGUUUCUGACGUCAACAUGGUACACUCGAGACGAGAUGCCGACGCGGGUAGGCAUUUGGUUUGCGGGCAACUCCAUCGGUGGCAUCAUUUCUAGUCUGAUUGCAUUUGGGCUUGGACACGUCCAUGACAAUGUGCAUCCAUGGCGAUGGAUGUAUAUCCUUCUCGGGGUUGUGACAUUUCUCUGGAGUAUCCCAAUGUUUUUCCUUCUCCCAGACAGCAUCUCAAAGGCGAAAUUCCUCACGGCUGAAGAGCGGGAGAUUGCAGCGAACCGCACAAUUGUUGCGGGCACAGGAACUACUGAAAAUACGCGCUGGAGAUGGGAUCAAUUUGUGGAAUGUCUGAUGGACCCAAAGACUUGGCUCAUCUUUCUUAUCGAGCUCAUUGGUCAAAUGCCCAAUAGCGGCACGCAAAGCUUCUCCAACAUCAUCAUCGCGUCCUUCAACUUCACCUCCUUACAAUCUACUCUCAUCAAUAUCCCUUAUUCCGUUCUCUCUGCAAGUAUCAUUGCAGGAACCGGGUGGCUUGCUGGCCGCUACCGUACUUUAAACUGCAUCCUCAUCGUUCUUGUCCUUAUCCCAUGUGUCGUUGGCUCUGCUGUCAUCUACCGCCGCGAUUCAGUGCCCCAUGGCGUUCAGUUAUUUGCGUAUUUUCUCCUAUCCCCUGGUCCUGCCGCGAUGCCUCUCACCAUGGCCCUCGUGCAGUCCAACUAUCGCGGUGUUACGAAGAAGAUGACGGUCACAGCCAUGCUCUUUCUUGCAUAUUGUACAGGUAAUAUCGCUGGCCCUCAGUUCUUCCGCGCAUCUGAAGCGCCAACCUAUAAGACGGCUUUCAAGACAAUUAUGAUUUGCUACUGCCUCGUCAUAUUUCUGGCUGUUGUUUUGAGAUUUUAUUUGCAGUGGAUGAAUGCGAAGCGCAUGAAGGAAGAGGGCUUUGUUGGAAAUGCGGGAGCAGCUGGCGUAGUGGCUGCGGGAAAGGUAUCGGAUGUUUUAGAUGGAAAAGAUGUUGCGGAAACAGUUACAGGUAUUCAAUUACGACCAGAGGAUUACGAAGAUGUGACAGACUGGAAAACGGUGGGAUUUAGAUAUCGACUGUAG